GUAAUCGAGGAAACUGAAGAGAUUCAUCUCUUCCUCUCCGUAGCUAACAGUAGCUAGCCGGCUAAUCUCUGCACAACGCAGUUGUGUUUGCUACAUUGUCCGUUUCAGUGCUCAUGUCUUUUCGUCCUUUAUAUCGCAGUGUUUUUCUAACACACCGUCAGUGACAAACGUGAGGCAGACACCAAUAGACAAGUUUAAAUACGCUGGAUGUUUGACCACUGUGGCUUUCUCCCAGAAUGCUAGCUACAAGAAUGCCAGUUAGCUAGCCAACCCGCUAAAGUAGCCAAAUAGCAGCACUGUCCGGAUGCUUUGAACAGCAACGCAGCGGAUUUCGGGGAGUUUCUAGUCGGCCUUGCAUGAUGUCAAGCAACCGGCCACAGCAAAACGCUGUGGGGGCGAAUUCAGUGCCCGGCACAAGUAGCAGUAAUACGGCAUCCACUGGGAACUCAAACGGUAGCGGUGGGAGCAACGCCGUCACAAGUAAUGGUAACAAUUCUGGAAAUGUUGUGCCCUCCCGGACCUUCGGAGCAGCCGGUGAGGGCGCCUUGUCGGUGCCAACUUUGGCCGCCGUGCCGUCGUCCCGGGGCGCGUUCGCUUCUCUUAGCAGACCUUCUGCGUCUUCGGGUAGCAGAAAGAGAUCCCUCCAUCAAACACCCCUGUACAACGGCCUCCUGAACUCAUACGAAGAUAAGAGCAACGAUUUUGUCUGUCCCAUCUGCUUCGAGAUGAUCGAAGAGGUACACAUGACAAAGUGUGGGCACAGUUUUUGUUUCAAGUGUAUCCGCCAGAGUCUGGAGGACAGCAACAGAUGUCCCAAGUGCAACUAUAUUGUCGAUAACGUGGAUCAGCUUUACCCAAACUUUCUUGUAAAUGAACUGAUCCUCAAACAGAAACAAAGGUCGGAGGAGAAGAGACUAAAACUAGAUCAUCCUAACGGGUCCAGGUGGCAGUUGUUCCAGGACGCAUUAAAUCCUGACCAGGAGAACUUGGACCUGGCAAAUGUUAACCUGAUGCUGGAGCUCCUGGUCCAGAAGAAGAAGCAGCUUGAGGCGGAGUCCCAAGCUGCUCACAGACAGAUCCUAAUGGAAUUCCUCAAAGAAGCCAGAAGAAACAAGAGAGAGCAAUUGGAGCAGCUGCAGAAAGAGCUCAACUUUCUUGAAGAGGAUAUUAAGCGUGUUGAGGAAAUGAGCGGGCUGUACUCUCCAAUAAUGGAGGCAGAGUGUACAGUGCCAAAUGUUGAGGCUCCCUCACCAGCACCCAGCUGCAGUAGUAUUAUUGACCCACCAGAUUACAGCCAGCCUCCAGGAUUUGGCGGAACAACCCAGGGCAAAAGACAGACCUGGUACAACAGCACCCUUGCAUCAAGGAGGAAGAGGUUGACGGCUCAUUUUGAGGAUCUGGAGCAGUGCUACUUCUCCAACAAAAUGUCCCGCAUCACAGAGGAAGGCAGGAACUUGAACCAGCUGGAUGACUUCAUGGAGUGUCUGUCUAAGUUCACCCGUUACAACUCUGUGCGGCCACUCGCCACCCUCUCUUAUGCAAGUGACCUCUAUAACGGCUCCAGUAUUGUCUCCAGUAUUGAGUUUGACCGUGACUGUGACUACUUCGCCAUCGCUGGUGUAACCAAGAAGAUCAAGGUGUUUGAGUAUGGCACAGUGAUCCAGGAUGCAGUGGACAUUCACUACCCUGUUAAUGAAAUGACCUGCAAUUCCAAAAUCAGCUGUAUCAGCUGGAGCAGCUAUCACAAGAACCUUCUGGCCAGCAGUGACUAUGAGGGUACCGUCAUCUUGUGGGAUGGAUUCACUGGCCAGAGGUCCAAAGUCUAUCAGGAACAUGAAAAAAGGUGUUGGAGUGUUGACUUCAAUCUGAUGGACCCCAAGCUCUUAGCCUCGGGUUCUGAUGAUGCUAAAGUGAAAUUAUGGUCAACCAAUCUCGACAACUCAGUGGCAAGCAUUGAGGCCAAAGCCAAUGUCUGCUGUGUUAAGUUCAGUCCAACCUCGAGGUAUCAUCUGGCCUUUGGCUGUGCAGACCACUGUGUCCACUACUAUGAUCUUCGCAACACUAAGCAGCCAAUCAUGGUGUUCAAAGGUCACAGGAAGGCAGUGUCCUACGCCAAGUUUGUCAACGGCGAGGAAAUUGUUUCUGCUUCAACAGACAGUCAGCUGAAGCUGUGGAACGUGAACAAACCUCACUGCCUUCGUUCCUUCAAGGGUCACAUCAAUGAGAAGAACUUUGUAGGCCUGGCUUCCAAUGGAGACUAUGUUGCCUGUGGCAGUGAAAACAACUCCCUGUACCUAUACUACAAAGGACUUUCCAAGACACUGUUAACAUUCAAGUUUGACACAGUGAAGAGCGUCCUGGACAAGGACAAGAAGGAGGAUGACACCAAUGAGUUUGUCAGUGCUGUCUGCUGGAGAGCACUGCCUGAUGGAGAGUCCAAUGUACUGAUUGCUGCAAACAGUCAAGGAACAAUCAAGGUACUUGAGCUUGUGUGAAGGCCCAAACACAACUUCAGUGUGGGAUGGAGCCACCGUCGGCCUCUCUGUUUGAUAGAGGAUCAGUGUGAUACAGGCAGAGCCCAGGCUGUCUGCUGAACUAGGAUACACCGGGAGAGCUGAAAUAAACUGAAGCUGUCUUUUUUUAAUGAGCUACACAUUUCAGACAGCAGUGAAGACUUUGGAGCAGGGCAUCAGUAUAGCAGGAAAAGAUGCACUGUCAUAUUACUGCAGAAAAUCAAGGACCUGGCUUGGGCACAAAUGGAACAAAAGACUUAUGAAAGCAUUUUUGUUUCUUUUCAGUACAGUUAUAUCGGCUACAAUAGAACACCUCUUGGUUUUAGGUCAAAUCAAAACGUGUACCUCUUUUAAUUAAGCUCUCAAGGGUACAUCCAGCCAACCACUACCAGAGUGAUGCAUUUUCCCUUUUAAAGGCCAAAGCACAAGACUAGAUGACAUGCAAAAAUGAUGUCAUCACAAGAAGCUUUUAACCCCCCAUCAUUGUUUGUCACUGUUUUCCCCUUUUAUGUGUAGUUUUUGUGUUCUGUUUUUUUCUUUCAGAUUGAGAGAAACCAGUUUUAAUAAAUAUGACUUGAAUUUCA